UUAUCCAUCUCCCUCUUUCUCUCUCUUCCCACCAUGCACUCUCUCCCCUCCCCCCCAAGAUGGAUAAAAUUAAGCUGGCUUGAGAGCUCAUUGACUAGCAAUAGCUUCCUUAAAUUUCGGUUUUUGGGUUUUAAAUGUAAUUUAAUAGUUCCUUUUUUGAAUUUUGAAUCUCUCUCAGAAGGUUUAGUAUCUCGACAUUAAUGUAGCAGAAGAGUAAGGAAAUUGUAAGUAAAGUUCUUCCUUGGCUCUGUUUGGUUGCCCAGAAAAUUCGAGUUCAGUGAUUUUAUCAGAACUGACUAUAAAGACCGGGAUAGAAGCCACUGUUUUUCAUGAGCUACAGAUAACAGUUUUAGAUACAUAGAUGAAGAAGCUAUUCUUUUUCAGAUCUUCUUCCUCCGACAAUGGAAACAACAAUAAUGGUUGUCUGCCAUCAACUGAUAAACAAGAUUACUGGGAUGGAUGGGAAGGUGGGUUGAACAAUCAAAGUGGUGAUAAGGCUGACAACAACUUCCAGAGUUCCAAAAGCUUAUUCUCAAAGUCUCGAAAGCAAGUUUAUGAUAAUCCUGCUAGCUCCAGCACCAGUUCACAUCUUAGAAGAAGCCACUCAAUGUCAUCAGCUGCCUUUCUUGUUGAUGGACUGGAGCAAAGAGAUUUUUCUUACAUGGGUGAUCAAAGUAGAUCUCCUUCUAGUAGCAUUAGCAGUGCUGCUCGUCAGCAUGACCAUCCAUCUAGAAGGCGGGCUCUUACACCUGAGAGGCAAGCCAGAGCAAAGCGAUUUGAAGUGACAACUAUUCAAAAUGCAUAUGGACAAGAGAGGCCUGGAUCUUCCAGUUCUUCUAAAUCUCAUCAUGAUUCAUCAGGAAACUCUUCUUCUAGUAGCAUCUCAAGCAAAGUUUUGGACCGCUACAUUGAUGGAGAGCAGCAGCAAGAGAGAAAUAAGCCCAAAAACUGUACUCUCCAAGGAAAUUUUGCUGUGAAUGGAAAUGAUGCUGGACAGCCUCCACCACGAGUUCAAUAUAUAGCUCCUGCAUCACCAACAGAUGGCAUAAAAAAUAAGCACAGGUCUCAAUCAGUUAAGGAUGCUAAAGACACCCGCCUUCAUUUUUCUUCCAGAGAUUGGGUAGAGAAGGGAUUUAAUCAGGAAUCUCCACGGAGACUUGCAAAAAAUGUUAUUGAGAGGCUCUCCCAAACUCAUUAUUUUCACAAACCAAGUUCGAAGGAGUUUAACCAUGAUAUGCCAAUCACAAUUGAAGAUAUAUAUGCUGAAUCCAUGAAUAAAUGUGUUGAUUCAUAUAUAGAUGAUCCUUCCCGAAAAUGUUACUCACAGGAGGAACCUUAUGAAACCAUUAAUAGUUACUAUGAAAAUGAUUUCUUAGGCUCUCAGAAAAACACUUGUUUAUUUGGGAACAGUUGUGGGGAUAUGAACAUUGUUCAAAUUGAGGAUGCUGUAGAUGUGGAAUUACAACGAAGAUCUAAAGAAGCUGAGGAAAGGGUCUUGCUUCUUUCUGAAGAACUUGACCGAGAAUGCUUUCUUCAAGGUAGUGGGUUUGAUAUAUCAUCCUUGAUUCAGAAUAUUAGGAACUUAAUGGAGGAUAGACUAAGCUUGGCUAUUGAGGUUUCAGGUCUUUUGAACUCCCGAAUUUCUGAGAGAGACACUUCCAGGGAAGAACUUAGAUUGGCAAAAGCAGAACUGGAGUCACAGACCCAAAGACUACAAAAGGAGAAGAGUGAAUUGCAGUCAGCAUUGGAAAAAGAGUUAGACAGAAGGUCAAGUAACUGGUCGUUGAAGCUUGAGAAGUACCAGUUAGAAGAGCAGAGGCUUCGAGCUCGUGUUAGAGAACUUGCAGAGCAGAAUGUCUCCCUUCAGAGGGAAGUCUCUUCUUUUAGUGAGAGGGAAGAAAAAAGCAGAAGUGUGAUUACAUAUUCAGAGCAACAACUUAGACACCUGACCUCAAGGUUGCAAGAGGUGAGCAAGGAGAAUCAUGAUCUAAGAGAAGAUAUUUCUGAAUUACAAGAUAAGUACAGAGUGGCAGAAGAAGAUCUUAAUUGCAUCAAAAGAAAUUUUGAAGAGAAGGACAAGGAGUGCAAAGAGUUGCAAAAGUCUACUGCUAGAUUGUUAAGAACCUGCAAUGAACAAGAGAAGACAGUUGAGGGUUUGCAGGAAGCAUUUAGUCAGGAAAUUGAGAAGAAGCAGUUAUUGGAUAAGUAUGACAAGCAUGUGACAAAAUUGCAAAUGGAGCAAAUGAGGUUGACUGGGGUAGAAUUGGCUUUGCGAAGGGAGGUGGAAUCUCAUAGGAUUGAAAUUGAUUCUCUUCGACAUGAGAAUAUUGGUUUAUUGAAUCGCUUAAAGGGCAGUGGAGGAGAGAUUGGUGCUUUAACUUUCAAACUAGAUAAAGAAAUGAGGACCCAUGUAUGCUGCCUGAAAAAUCAAGGGCUAUCAAUGUUAAAGGAGAGCACACAGCUAUGCUCCAGGUUAUUGGAAUUCAUCAAAGGGAAAGCAGGCCAAAUUCCAGAAACUAAGCAGGGUAUAGAACUUAUUGGAAAUGGUUUAGACGGGCAGUUUGUUGUUGAAGCCGAUGCAAAAGUUCAAGGCUUUAAGCAAGGAACUGAGAAUCUAAUGAGGAGUUUGCAGACAAUAUCUUCUUUGCUGCAGGAGAAGUCCAGUUCAGUUGCAUCAAAAUUUGAGGUGCCAUGCACUAAUGUUGAUGGUUCAGCAAAACUAAAUCAUCAAGCUUCAGAGGAAACAUUAAAAUUUGAGCUCAAAGCAGAAAUUUUGCUUACAAGUCUAUUAAGAGAGAAGCUGUGCACUAAAGAGUUGGAGGUUGAGCAGUUGCAGGCUGAACUGGCAGCAGCAGUGAGAGGCAAUGACAUCCUCAAAUGUGAAGUCCAUAAUGCAAUGGACAACCUCUCCUGUGUCAGCCACAAGUUGAAAGAUUUAGAACUUCAGAUGCAAAAGAAGGAUGAUGGUAUAAGUCGGCUUCAAAAUGACCUCCAAGAAUCUAUGAAGGAGCUAGCAAUCAUAAGGGGCAUUCUACCCAAAGUUUCUGAGGAGAGAGAUUUGAUAUGGGAGGAAGUGAAGCAAUACAAUGAGAAGAAUAUGCUCUUGAAUUCAGAGGUAAGCAUCUUGAAGAAGAAGAUAGAGGCCCUUGAUGAAGACAUACUUCUCAAGGAAGGUCAAAUUACAAUCCUUAAAGACGCCAUAGGUACCAAACCUUUUGACCUUCUUGCCAGUCCUGAUUAUACGCAUGAAUUCUUGCUAAAAUGAUUUCUAGAGAGCUGGGCAUUUUGGUAGGAUGUGUAAACACUGUUUAUAGUCCUAUACUUUGAAAUAUGUGUUUUUGAGUUAUUAUAGGUCAUAGGUAGGAUGUGUGAAAAAUGUUUAUAGUGUUGUGUUCUUGAGGUUUCUAUACCCUCCAACUCUACUCUAUGUUUUCCCUUUUCUCAUAGUGGGGUCUUUGAUGGUGAAAUGGUAUAAAAGCCUUAAAUACCAUGAUUCUUUUGUCUAAUGCUAGCUUUCAUAAUUGUAUGUAAUUGAUUUUCCUGUUAUCUAAUUAAAGUUAUAAAUGUAUCUUUGCUAUUUUGUAAA